AUGUUGCUUCAAGCGUUGGGAUAUGACGCAUUCUGGUUGUAUUCGAUUUCGGCCGUAGUAAUGGUCAGCAUGAUCACCACUAUACUAUCCUGUCUCUGUUGUCGGCGUAAACAAGAGAUCAAAAAUGAUCUUCUUGGACUAGAAGGUAAUGUAAAACUCACAAAUCCCGAGGACACUUUGUUAUCUUCGGGUUCGACCGGUGCAAUCAAUGUGCAAGCCAACACUGGUAAUGGUGCUCACGGAACAAACAUGGCAAAUGCAUCGAAUCUACGCCCAGCCAGUGUUGGCGGUGGGUUUGGUUCUGAUACCGAAAGCAGCAGCAAAAGAACUUCCAAUGCUCCGCAUCGAAGUUUGCCUGAUAUACCAAUAGCUGAACCAGCAGGUGAUAAUAAUUCGGAAUUGUACGCUACUGUUGGAGACAAGGUCCAGGACUUGCCUCAAGGGAGGAGUCCAUCAGCUAGCUUGAAAAAACAAACCAGCGUCUCUCAGCACAGUUCAAUUAGUCAGGCAGAUGAUAUCAGCUCUCCUUAUGCUCGAGUCAGAUCACCCCCCCAUGCGUACGACAAAUUACGUCGCAUGGAACAUCCGUAUGCGCAAGUAGUGCAGCCUGGAUCAGCAAUCGGAAGUACUGUAUUUGAGGCAGGAUCCAGCGGAACUUCUGGGACAGCGAGUCGUUCAAAGCCGCGGGAUGGCGAUGAUGAUGACGACGAAGACGAUGAUGACGAGCUAAUGAGCCCCAUUUCACGCCGUGAAUCAGCUCAGAACAUAGAAGAUCGAGAUACUUCAACCGUGGAUAUUCCGGCUGCGUCUGCGAUCGCUGGACGUGUGUCUGCUAGUCAAGAUUUACCAUACAUGACCCCUCCAAUAGUUCAACCACCAUCGCAACAUUUUAGUGGAGAUUCCCAAGAUUCCUCAAAGGGUUACACAAGUAUAAGCGUGCGGGAACCUUUGGCAAAUUUACUGCCACAAAAUAUGCCGAACCAAACGACCGCCAAACGAAGACAGAUAUUGGGCGACUCGCACUAUGCUACUGUGUCAGAUGAUUCGGAUGAGAUGUAUGCCGCGAUCGAUGAUCCUGGUAAUCAAGGCGAUCUGUACACUAGCGGGUCGGAAACGUACGCCCAAAUUCAACCUCCCAACGCGAUGACCGUGUCGGUCGAAAUAAAUACGGGUGCGUCAAGCAGACCACAACCACCAUCAGUACAGGCGCUACAUGCAACCGUGAACGAUGCACUUGAUUCUGGGGGUAUUUCCAGUAACAACAAAACGAAUUCCACAGCACCGAAUCGUCUCAGCAAUCAUAGCAAUAUGGUAACGUCAGGUGAUGAGCACACGCAUGGACUUCCAUCACAUUUGGUUCCAUCAACGGCUUCCGGCGAAGGUGGAGGCUUAAGGGCACAAACCUUUGUUCAGCAUUCACGUCAGGCAUCAUCUUCGAGCUGCACCAGCUCGGUAGGGAAUUUAGGCUCGCCGAAACCAGAGAAGCGACAGGCGAACAGCCCAUUACCUCCAACGCCAAAAACAUUAAAACAUCAGGCAAAUAAUUUCUUCAGCACUUCGAAUCAAUCGAUGAUCGGGUCCGGUAGUGUAGCAUCAUCGAAUACUACGAUUGCAACCUCAGGGCGUAAUUCCGUUGCCUCUGUGAUCGAAUGUAGCGGUGUUGGUGCAUCAGCAUUCAAUAGAGAAAACAUUGGAAACAAGUCUGGUAUAGACAUUGACAGUACAAUGCUACCGAACGGUUCUGCAGUUAGUGGCAAACAAAAGAAAAGUCCGUCGAAAGAUUUGGAGGGAAUGUACGCCAAGGUAAUGAAAAAGAAUAAACUAUCGAAAGUACCAUCGCAAAACUCGUCACCCGUACCGCUACGGAAAGAUGGGUCGCUUGAUGCGCAGCAUCUGAAGCAACAGUUGCUGUCAGAUUCAGAUAUGGUUCCGCUUAACGGUAGCAGCUCGCUGCCCAGUGGUUCUCCGAGCAGAAAUCUGAUCGCAGCACAACGCAAUAGCACCGGUAAUUGCAAAAGCAAAGAUCCUGGCUAUGAAACUAUUCCCGGUGAUAAUGUAAAGAGUGGCAUGGAAGCAGCACGCAAAUCAGCGGAUUAUGCGCAGAUUCAGAAGUUGCAUCGCAACCAUACUGCUGAAGGUGGAGGGGCAACAGUAGCGAAUGUUUUGCUAACAAGUGGUGAGGUAAACUCCCCACUGCGUGCGGUAGUAGCGCAAGCGGACACCGAACCAGGGUACGAAAGUUUGCCAGAUACGCGUGGAAGCAUCAAUGACCCCGGAUAUGAGACGCUGAAUCGUGGUUCAAAUCGCACAGAAUCGGACUCGGAUCCAAACUACGAAAUAUUGCGUCCGACCGGCAGUAAACCAUCAGGCGCAAGUCAUCCAUCAGGUUUCAACAAGCUGAGAGGAGGAAAUAGCGGUGAUACAAAUCGUGAUAGUGAUGGUUACAGUAGCAUACGUGAGACGGCAAAGACAGCCCAUUCAGCAAUGAAAAUCGGCGCAAGAAAUCGUUUGGAUUUUGGGACACGAAGUCGAGGAGCCGGGACAGCGGAGGAUGAAGAUACAGACAGCAGUACCCCUGGGUACAGCAGCAUCAAAGAGAAGGACGAUUACGAUCCUGGCUAUAGCGUGAUUUCGGAGCGAAAAAAUCCCCCACCAGGUCACGAUUACGCAAGCAUAACAGAAGAAGCAAAAAAACGCAAACCAAAUAUUAACAACAACCUGGAACCAGACGACGAGUCGGAUAUAUACUCUAGCAUACCUCACACAGCGUCCGGAACGCUGACGUUACCUUCGCCAUCGGCAGCAAUCGUCAUGGGAGGUUCAAGUCUGGGUGCCAGUCCACCCGGUUGUGUUGGCACGACUAUGGAGGCCGAUCGAACUGGGACGGUUAUGGGGACACUUUCAUCAUCACCAGGAUAUUCCAGCAUAUCGGAAACACGCACAACUCCUUCGUCGACGGAUGGCGAUGGUGACGGCAGUACUAGCUCUCCGGAUCAAUUGAUUGGAUAUAGUAAGCACAACAGCAACACCAACACCACGGUAACGACCAACAACAGCCUGAGUCGAAUAUCGAGCAACUACGAGUCACUCACAGGGAGUGAAUCAGACCCCAACUAUGAAUCGGUAAAAUAUCUCAAUGUUACGGAAAAUCCUUACGAACGGCUCCACAAUGAGAGUGGUGGAGGAGUUACAGGCAGCGGAAGCGGCGGGGUAGAGUGUGUACCUAAAUCGUUAACGAAUGAUUCACUAACAACGGAUUCUGAUACAGCAACUCCGACACCGGGCACGCAAACGUUAACGCCGGCAGGGAUCCCGAAUGCCCGAAAAACGAUGGGCACACCGGAUAGCGAUGGAACGGCACCCGCUGUAGGUGAUUACUUUCAAGUGUAA